AUGCUCGUUCUUCUUUUCUUUUUACUCUGUGCAAAGCUUGCGUGCGGCGACACUCUUUUGGUAUCUCAGCGCAAGUACUCAAAGUCCGAGACGAUUGAUUAUCAGGACACUGUUCACGACAAUCGCAUUUUCUUGACGGAUGAUGGUAAGCGUGAUUUUAAUGAAGAACGAACAGUGCGAGAGGUUAUUGCCAUUGAACAAAAGAUGAGGAAGGUGGUCGAAACCUCCACACCUGUGCAAAGUAUGAAAAAUAGAAUUUUGCCGACGUUAAAGCGGUGGCUGUUGUCACUACGGAGGUGGUUGGUAUAUGCUUACUACAGAUUUACCGCUCGGACAAAGUUCACUGAGUUAAAACGACUGACCGACAAAGGAAAUUACGGAUAUGAUCAGGCGAUUGUACUUGGGUAUACUCCGCAUUAUGCAAAAACCAUGAUUCAAUAUCGCGAAUUUCAGCAAUCAAAGAAUACGAAGAUUCUGCCUGUUACGAAAGUCGUCAAGAAUGCUGAAGAUCAGGUUGUUGAUAAGCUUUCGUGGCGGUACCGUCAGCUCCUCGGACUUCCAGGUGAUGAUGUUUUACCGGUCUCUUUGAAUACGGUCUGGUCGAACACCGUAGAUGAAAUGUCGACUUUGGAUCGGCUUAUUGUAAAGUUAUCUCUCCGUCAAGCUACUGUCCUUAUUAAAAGAAAAGCAACAGCUCAGGAGAUGAUUUCUCAUGGUGUGACUCCAAUCGUCUACAAGAAAGCGCUGCUGGAUAUGGAUUUGCUGGAAGGUCCGAAGUGGAAACAGCUCAAGUCUUGGAAGACAAACCCACAAGUCAAUACUUUUUUGGAGUACCUGAAAGCAACAAGGAACAUGCCCGAUAGCACGUAG